CUGCACUCCCUAAAGAUGACGAGGAUUUGUAAAAAGUUUAAUAAACUGCAAACUGUGCGUCGAAAUUUGGUCGUAAGUUCAACAGUUCCUACCAGCUUCCAUACGACUGGAAAACCGAGGAUUCUACCAAUUUAUGUUGAAGAAAAAAGGUUUACAAGAUUAGAAAGAACUGGCAUCUCUGCCAACGAUUCAUCAAAACUAUCAAAAAAAUUUGGAACGUGGUGUUGA